CCGUACAUCCGGGUGUACAAUAUAAUUUGCCAUGUAUACCGGCCCGUAACCGCCCCGCUGCAACUCCCCGUUGCUUGAUUCAUUCACUUUUCUGCUACGCUCGAACUCCAUAUACGAGUGAAUAUCUGUCCACCGUUAUUUCAUCGUCUCUUAGAAGUUGGCUGGCCAGCGGUGGGUUAAAACUAGAAGCUGUCACGCCAUAAUUGAGCGAGCCGCCGAGGUGGCCGUUUGGGUAUGUUGGCGCAUGUGACGCAGAGUUUUGCGGGAAUAUGUCAGAUACUUCUUUGUCACCCCAAUUUAUUGGUUCCUUCUUUAAAUUCCUUUAUCCCAUUCCCAUUGUCUGGCUUCCGAUCCCAUUCUAUUCAUUACUCCUCUGGUUCUAGGAGCAGCAGAUACAGAUCUAUCUCUUUCUCUCUCAUGGCUUCUUCCGGUCGCAGCUCUCCUAUUCACAGCUCCCAUUCCUGCAUCCCCGCUACUCAUCAACCAUCAUUGGUUGUUUUUUCAGGUGGAACAGCUUUUAAUUGUGUAGCUGAAGAGCUUAAGAAGUUAACUACUCGUGUCACUCACGUUCUCCCUGUGUCUGAUGAUGGUGGAAGUACAUCUGAAAUUGUCAGAGUUCUUGGUGGUCCUGCAGUUGGGGACAUACGGUCAAGAUGCUUGAGAUUGUCUGAUCAAAGCACUUCUGAGGCUCUUGCUGUAAGAACAUUGCUUGGUCAUCGGCUACCUCUUGAUGCACAAAAAUCAAAGUUAGAGUGGUAGUGAAACCAUAUUCUCGAGUAUGCUAUUGUGGAAGGGAACCAUGGUCUUUGGAAAGGCGUGUCAAAACCUUACGGCGAAACGAUACGAGCUUUCUUGGCUUACUUUCAAAAUCAGAUUCUUAGACGUUCAGAAGAUGCAUUUUGUUUUAGUAAUGGAAGCAUUGGGAAUUUUUUCUUUGCAGGAGCAAGGACAUUUUUUCAGUCUCUAGAUGCCGCAAUUUUUCUGUUUUCACGCGUUUCUGAUAUUCCAAUAGACAGUCUGGUUCUUCCAGUGAUAUCCACGAAUGAGAGGCUUACUUUGGCCUGUGAAUUAUGGGUAUGAUUUUUCUCCCAUAGUUAUCUACCUUCCAUUUUCCCAUCAUUUGCAAUGGAGCCGAAGAUUCACUAUUUUUUGGCUUUGGAAUAUUAUGGAAUAAAGCAAAAUGGCUCACUAAAUUGUAUGCGCUUCUUUGUUAUGAAGCAAGAGUAAGUUCAUGCAACUUUCGAUGCGAAUUUCAGCAUGGGUCAUCCAGAAACAGACUCUCUGUGCAGUACAUGGGUAGGUUGCAUACAUUCUACCCCCCUUACCCCACCGCAGGUGGGAGCCUUUGCGGCACUGGGGUAAUGAUGAUGAUGGUGGUGGAGUUAUCUACCUUCCAUGCCCCCCGGAGUUAUCUUCUGAUUAGUAAUGCGUCUUUUUAUUCCAAUCAUUUAAUUUUAAAUAUGAGCACCGUUUAUUUUGAGCAAGCAUGCCUGUAUGAAUUUGGGUAGAGUUAUUUUUUAAAAUAAUUUGUAUUCAUUGCUAUCCUUUUUACUCUCUUCUCUAUUCGGUAAAUACCCUUUAAAUCCUUGCAAUUUGAUCCCUUACCUUUACAUUUAAUUUCAACUUUGCCCUUUUUUAGUUAUUAUUUGCAAAUAUUUAUUUAAAGUGUGGUUGUGCACAACACAUGGUAGUGGAACAUGCAAUAGUGUCCUCACUCAGACAUAAGUACAUAACUACUUGAGCGGAGGCAGAAAACAUCGGAUCCUAAUUGGUAGUAGAACAGUAGAACACCCUGGAAUGCCUCAUUUUCAUCUUCCACCAUCUGUAGCCUAUUGAGUAGGCCAUGAGUUAUAGUUUUGUUCGAUGACAGACUGGAGGAUCAUUCCACGAGAAAAACCUGCAGUGCCCUUCCUCCUCUUUCCACCACUAAAGAAUCCAGGGUUGAGGUGGACCAAGAAGUUGUGGGCUGACCUAUCUUCCUUAAUUCCAAGUCAAUUCUAAAGGAUGAAUUUUCCAAAUAAUUUGCACCCAAGUACCACUCGCUUGAGUUCAUGAGGAUUUAGAGAUGCGCACUUCAGAUGGGGCGGCAAUGGAAGCCACAGUUAGAUUAUUUUUAACUAAAGCCAACUGCAGAACGCAUACCUUGCAUUGUUUUAAGCAGGUAUUUGGGCAGAAUAGUUUCAAAGGGCAAAAUUGAAAUUAAAAAUAAAGCCAAUUGAUCUGAUUGCAAGGAUUCAAGGAUGAGUACCAAAUAGGAGAUGAAAAACAACAUUGCUGCUUUAAUUACAUUGAAGCAUUCUUGACUUGUUUCCUGGUUACGAUUAAGACAUUUUGCUGCUCACCCCCAGGAUGGUACCAUUAUACGUGGCCAGAAUAAGAUAUCUCAUCCAACAAAUGGAUGGAUGGAACCCAUCGAUAAGGGAAUAACUUCAUGCCCUGCGCUUCCUACAAAAAUAAAGAGAGUAUUCUACAUGUCAAGUGAGGGCAGCAACUUAUCGCACGAGGUCUUCCCUGAUGUAAACCCUACAGUCUUGGAACAAUUGAAAAAUGCAGACUGUAUCAUUUUUGCCAUGGGAUCACUCUUUACUUCCAUCUGUCCCUCUCUGGUUUUGCUUGGAGUUGGGGAAAUCAUCUCCUCGCGGUCAUGCCCUAAGGUACUUAUGUUGAAUGGCACACAUGACCGAGAAACUAGUGGCUUUAACGCUUCCUGCUUUGUGACAGCCAUCACAGAUGCAUUAAAUCGUACUCAUGGAAACCACAACUGCCUUAAAAAUCCUCCAAAUAGAUAUAUCAAUGCCCUUAUGGUGCCAAGAGAUGGUCAAAUUCCAGUGGAUGUUGGUCACCUUACUUCGCAAGGGAUUUAUAACGUGGUCACUGUCGAUUCAUUCCGUGAUCCAAAAGUGGGUACAAUCUUUGAUCCAAAAUCACUUAUACAGGCGCUUGUGACCUUGUUAAUACAAACAUGAGAAAAAGUGAUUGCUCAUCUUGAGAUUGGGAACCAAGCAUUGGCCUGCAUGUUUUUAGGGAAAUGAAAGAACCCCACAAUGAUACAGCUCAUCAAAAUACAUACCACUUUGUCCUUUAAAUUCACACGUGGCUAACUCCCCAAGAUUCACUCAAUUUCUAAAAUUUUACCGCGUGGCAACAUACAGUUUUUUCUUUCUAAUUCAAGGGACACACAUGGAAUAUCAAUUAUCAAAGCAAGUAGCAUGCGGAGAGAGAUAUUUGGUGGG